UUGAAAAUUAUUCUGAAAUAAAUGUUUGGUCUGAGAACGUGCCAUGUUCCUGCAUAGCCUCGCCUGAAUCUAGUUUGGAUCCUUAUACUUAGCAGAACAAAAGUAGGGGAGAAAAAGAGCAGAGGGGGGUUCUGAUUUUCGGCAGGAGAGAAAGGAGAGCAUUCCGAGUAAUCACAGCACACAUGGCGGGGUGCUGUCCUUCCUUCCUUAAUUCAUGCUUCGAGCGAACUCCUCCACGUCCCGAGCAGAGUGGUGGCGAGCAGGUUGAUCGUCCUCUGUCUUURCAACAGAACCAGGAACUUGAAUCGCUUCCGGAGAGACGCACGAGAGUCAAGUUCUACUGUCAGAAUGGAGGAUAUCACCUGAAGAUCGCUCAGGAUGGAGCGGUGUCUGGCGUGAGGGAGGAAGAUGACCAAUACAUAAUCAUGAAGCCGAAGGCGGUGGCUAUAGGAGUUAUUAUCAUCCAAGGGGAGCAGUCGGAAAAGUACCUGUCUAUGAACGAUAAGGGAGAACUCUCCGGAAAAGAAACCUUGAAUGAUGAGUGUAACUUCUUGGAACAUGUUGAACCAAACGGCUACACCACAUUUCGCUCCCAGAAAUAUAGCUGGUAUGUUGGUUUGAAGUCGAAUGGCGCAGCUAUGAAGGGACCAGAAACCAACCAGGGUAUGAAGAACGUUUUAUUCCUGCCGAGGCAAGCAGCCUGAGCUAAAGUGAAUAAAAACCCUGGAAAAACGCAGAAA